AUGUGGUACGUACUUGUUGCCCUCGUAGUAUGGGCAGCGGGUGCUGCGGCCGAUUUCAACUGCAGUGAAGCUCCGGGAAAAGACAUGCAAACAACGUGUAUGAUGAUCCAGGAAUGGGAUCGAAAUGCUCGAAAAGCGAUCCGAAGAAGACAAGCCUUCGAGAGCAACAUUGGUGCUCCCGGUGUGCCGGGUAACCCGAAUUUCAGCCCAGCUGUGCCGCAACGAUUUGCACCAUCAGCUCAAGGAUGCAUGAAUAUUCCGUGUAUUUGUCCGUACAUGGGGGGUCGUGUCGGGAACGGUGGAUGUAUUUUGCCAAACGGGCAACCGUACCUCAUGGCACUUCGAAAAGAGUACAGAAUGAUGACAGACAAUGAAAGGAACAGGUGGAACAAUGCCAUAAUUCAAUUGAAAAGAAGUGGUGAAUACGAUAGACUGAGUGUAAUGCACAGACAGGUCGGCUCCUCGUCAGGAGCCCACUCCGGCCCGGGUUUCUUGCCAUGGCAUCGAGAAUACAUGAAGAGACUUGAGAUCGCAGUUCGAAUGGUUGACCCUGGUGUUGCGAUGCCGUAUUGGGACUCUGUUAUGGAUUCUUAUUUACCUGAUCCACGUGACUCCGUUCUUUUCUCUCCAAUAUUUAUGGGCGAAACCGACGGCGCAGGGCAAGUGGUCCGUGGACCAUUCGCAGGAUUUAGAACUCUCGAAGGUCGACCUAACAUCGUCAGACGACUAGCCACCGAAGGAAAACUGUUCUCUGAGGCCAACAUAAAUAAUUUGCUAAGUCAAAAUGAAGUGCAGAAUGUACUCGCUUACACCGCUCCUCAGAAUGGAUGUCCAUUCCGUCCAUACUUUGGCGCCUUGGAGUAUACUCAUUCCUCUGUCCAUCUAUGGAUAGGUGGAGACAUGAAACCACCUAGCACUUCGGCAAACGAUCCCAUAUUCUUCCUACAUCACUGCUUUGUGGAUUUUGUCUGGGAGAUGUGGAGACAAAGCCGUCAGAACAGAUUCACGCGUGAAACGGCUUAUCCACCUGAUAUUGGAACCUGUGCCAAUUCUCAGCACUUCAGUUACGCUCAGAUGCGACCGUGGGACAAACAGAACCGUGACGGUUUGUCAAAUGAAUAUACCGACAACCUCUACCGAUAUGCACCGAGGGCGACGUGCUCGCGCCAGAACCCAAAUUGCGGCUCUCCAUAUUUGUUCUGUGAUACAAGAGGGAACCCACAUUGUGUUUCUAAGAUCAAGCCGAAUGGGUUGUGCCGUGGAUUCGAAGGUUUCGAUGCGUGUUGGCAGGGCUCCUGCGUAGCUAGUUGGUGCCGACCAGGACAACAAUUCCAAGAGCAGCUGCCUCAAACAACAGCAGUGCAAGCCACUCAACAGAACAAUGAAAAUCCGCAAACGCAGAGACAACAACAACAACAACAACAGAACCGACUAGUAGCACAACGUCCUCCAACGCCUAUCAAUCCAGCAGCCAGCAACAAUUGCUACAACGACGAUCCAUGUUGUGACGCAUGGGCAAGACAAGGAGAAUGUCAAAUCAAUGUUGCCUAUAUGAACAGAUACUGUAAAAGGAGUUGCAGAUUAUGCGUAAAUCCCACUGACAACAGAACAGGCUGCCACGACCGACAUAUCUCCUGUGCAUUUUGGCGUGCACAGAAUUACUGUACUCGAAGACGUCAAUGGAUGGCUGAAAACUGCCAGGCGUCGUGCGGUUGGUGCAACAUGAAUCCACAACAACUUUGCGCCUCCGUCGCCUUUAUGAGCAGGGCGUAA